AUGGGCCGUCGACGGGGUCCAAACACACGCUUCAGUGCAAAAGUGAGUGAAGAAUUGAAGAUAACAAUUGCACUUGCUCUCAAGAAACUUGCAAAUGAUGACCAGAAAGAAUUGGAGCUGCCUUCAUCCCUUACAUCAGAGGAAAGGAAGUAUAUACAUUUUGUAUCCCAGCAAAUGGGCUUCAAAAGUAAAAGUAGAGGGAAGGGUUCAUUUCGUUACCUGACAGUGUACAAAAAAGAAGGAUCUACAAUUAUGAGUAGUGAAGCAGUUGUUGGACUUGCUGAUGCAACCCGCUCAACUAUUUUGGGCUUACUUCAGCGUUGCCCAGUCACAAAUAAAGAGAGACAAGAUCUGCUACCUGCUACAGAAAGAGAUCGCCUCAUGAACCCAGAAUUGCGAAUCUUGAGUGUUUUGAGGUCUCUAGGUCGAUUGACACCAGGUCCUCCACAAGUUCUUCCUCCUCCAAGCUUGAGCGAUUUAAUGGCAGAAGCAAGAAAACUCCCCAUUUGGAACACAGAUCAACUUCUGUUCUGGCAGCUAAUUCAUCACAAUCAAGUUAUUUUAGUUUGUGGUGAAACUGGUUCCGGAAAGACCACACUCGUGCCUCAGAUGUUACUACAAGAAGCAUCCACUCUGGGGAAGCCUUGUCGUAUAUUUUGUACCCAACCAAGAAGAAUCUCAGCAUUGACUAUCGCUGAAAGAGUUGCAGCUGAAAGGGGUGAAAAAGUUGGUUAUACUGUUGGUUACCAGAUCAGGCUAGAAAGCAAGUUAUCUCCAAAGACUUUGUUAACUUUCUGCACAAACGGCGUCCUCUUACGGACUCUUAUGGGUGGGGAUUCGUCUCUGGCCAGUGUAACUCAUAUUCUUGUGGAUGAAGUACAUGAAAGAGACAGGUUUACGGAUUUCCUACUUAUUGUUUUACGUGACUGCUUACCCAAAUUCCGUCACCUCAAGCUAAUUUUAAUGUCUGCAGCACUUGAUGUCAAUCUUUAUGCCAAGUAUUUCAACAAUUGCCCUGUUAUUGAUGUUCCAGGCCGUUGUUAUCCAGUGAAGGAAUAUUUUUUAGAAGAUGUACUGAAAUACACCUGUUACCAGACUGCCGAAAUGGCUCGUGCGUAUAAAGAACUAGAACAGCGCCAGAAUGGACAGAAAACUGCAGCAGAUUGGACACAGAAAAUGUCUCAGCAGUUUCAUAACGUAACAACAUCCGGGACACCAGUCAUAACACCCCUAUCAAAGGCUUCAAAUUCUAACCUUUCAAAAUACUUUUCUGCUGGAGAGCUAGAUGAUACUUUGAAGCAAGAGAUGGACCAGUGUAUCCAAGAAGCAUUCUUGACUGGGUUAGAUGAGGUUUUUUCACAAAUGAUGUACCUGAUCAUGUCAGAAAAAGUGUCACCAGAUUAUCAGCACAGUGAAACAUGGGCAACACCACUGAUGGUUGCCUCUGGACGUGGCCGUGUGGAUAUCAUGGAACAGCUUCUGGCACUUGGGGCAUCAAUCACAUUGCGGGCUGCCAAUGAUUGGACUGCAGCAAAUUGGGCUCAGUCAACUGACCAGAAAGAGGCUUUAGAUCUUCUACAUGCAUAUAGUGCAUGUGAGGGAGUAGACCUACUCUCUCUGUCAGCUGAAGGAAUGCAGUCAGGUGUUCUUGCUGGUAACAAGGGGCCAUCAUCAUCAUCUGGCUUAGCUACGGAACUUUCUGAGGAAGACAAGAGAAUGCUUGAUGCAUACCAGCAUUCAGUACCAGAUGAGUAUGCAGAUGUUGAUUUGGUUCAUGCUCUCUGUGUGAAAAUUCAUAAAUCACAACCACCAGGAGCCAUCCUGAUUUUUCUCCCAGGAUAUGAUGAUAUUGUCACCCUAAGAGAUCGUAUCAUAGCUGAAGAGAAGCAGUAUCUUGAGGGGGGAAAAUAUUGCCUCUUUUGUCUUCACUCUAGCAUGCAGUCAAGUGACCAAAAAAAAAAAAAAAAGAAAGUGUUUCGUCCAGCACCUCCAGGAGUUCGCAAGAUCAUUCUUUCUACAAACAUUGCUGAAACUAGUGUUACCAUCAAUGAUGUCAUUUAUGUUAUUGACUCGGGAAAAGUGAAAGAGAUGAGUUAUGAUUCAAUGGUGGGGGUGUCAUGUCUCAAAGCUGUUUGGAUAUCUCAAGCUUCAAGUCAACAACGUCGCGGUCGAGCAGGAAGAUGUCAGCCAGGAAUUUGUUACCAUCUGUUCUCACGCAGUCGUUAUAAUUCAUUGCAGCAACACCAGACUCCAGAAAUUUUAAGAACACCCUUGCAGGAAUUAUGUCUUCACACCAAACUCUUGGCUCCAGCCAACAUGCCAAUUGCUGACUUUCUGGCUAGGGCCCCAGAGCCACCAGCAUUCAUGGUCAUACGUAAUGCAGUACAAUUAUUAAAGAGUAUGGAUGCUUUAGAUGGAUGGGAAGAUGUAACAGAAUUGGGUCAUCAUUUGCUUGAUUUGCCUUUGCCUCCCCGCUUAGCCAAGAUGGUGAUAACAGCAACAGUGUUGAAAUGUCUGGAUCCUGUGCUUACUAUUGCAGCAUGCCUUGCCCAUAAGGAUCCAUUCACACUUCCAAAACAUCCCAGUGAAAAAAGGAAUGCAAAUGCAAUUAGGAAGAAGUUUGCUGCUGGGACUUACAGUGAUCAUAUGGUUCUUCUAAAAGCUUUCCAGGCAUGGCAGAAAGCUUGUGGUGAAGGUUGGGAGCGUGGCUGGUGUGAAAGAAAUUAUGUGUCAGGUGCCACAAUGGAGAUGAUCCAUGGUAUGCGGUCUCAGGUAUUAGCGCAGUUACGUGGUGCUGGCUUCGUUCGUGCUCGUGGACCAGGAGACAUAAGGGAUGUAAAUACCAACAGUGAUAAUUGGGCUGUAGUGAAGGCGGCUUUGGUGUCUGGAAUGUAUCCAAAUCUUAUCCGAGUGGACCGAGAACAGUGCCAACUUCGAACUCAAAAAGAAAGUAAGGUUCGUCUACACCCAACAUCAUCUUUGCUGGAUACUGUUGGUAACAGCAAUGGCCCCAUUAGUGCUGCUCAUAGAGCAUUAGUCAGCGCGCUGUCUUCUGACUGGCUGGUAUUUGAUGAGAUGGUACGAAUUGGUAUCAUUGCUCAUGUAAGAACAGUUACUCUGGUUUCCCCACUGACUGUAUUGCUUCUAGCAGGUCCUAUGAGACUGCCAUUGGAUGCUUUGUCUGAACCAUCAAGUAGGGGUAGUGGAGAUUGCAGUAGCGAUAGUGAGAGUGAAGAUCGACCUGCUGGCUUGAGUUGUCUUGUAAGAAUCGACAACUGGAUUCAGUUUUUAGGUGAUCCACAAGCUGCUCAUUUGGCACUUCAGCUAAGGCAUAAGCUCCAUGCACUGAUCCUUAGAAGACUUCGAGCUCCAAACAAGCCUCUAACUCAGGGAGAUGAAGAUGUUGUCCGUGUUGUAGCAGCAGCACUCAGUCAAGAGGAGCAAGCUUUAAGCCUGAUCCAGCCCUCAGGUAUAGGUCAGCGUCCACGCCCACUGUACCCUCACAGUCAUCCUCAUGAAGGUGGGUUGUCAGGUGGUACAUCUGAAGACUCUCAAUCUAGUCGAUCUUCUUCAAGACGAACCAGUGAUACUGCCACGCCAACUCUUGCCCCAACCACACCUACCAUUUGUCCCCCACACUCUUCUGCUACAAAAUUUUCUGCAAAUAACAACAGCGCUCCAAAAACAGUCACAGUAGCAAGUUCUGUUACUUCAGGUAGUGGUAGCUUGACCACUUUCAAUAGUGGUCCAGUUUUUAGCAGCAGUGUCUCCAGUAGUUCACUGUCUAGCUCAAAUAAUAAUUCUGUAUUCUCGUCCACCUCUACAAAUAAAUCAAGUACUACUACUACAGCUUCUAAUACAAACACUGUUACUUCAUCUGUUUGUAGUUCCUCCAUAACAUCUAGCUCCACCACAAAUGUAAAUAGGAGUGUGAGUUCAAGUACAAUUAGCACUUCUACAUCUAGCAAUUCAUCUUUUAAGACACCAUCAUCUUCAGCAAUCAAUAUUCCACUAAGAACAACGGCAGCAGUAUCUUCCAAUGGAGGAGGGAUUGUAACCAGUGCCAGUAGUAAAAUAGGAAUAAAGGACAGCAAAGGAAACUUCAACAAUAAAGCAAGUAAUGGCAGUAACAACAGUGCUGAAGGAGGAAGCAAUACAACAAAAUCAAGAUACUUCAUUAUUAAAGCAGCAAUGUAUAAGCAAUUAGAAGCUUCUUAUCAAACUGGAUUAUGGGCCUUUACUCACAAUACUGAAAGAAAGAUAUUGCAAGCCACUCAGAAUGGACUGGUGAUGUUGGUUUUCACUGUUCAUAGAGGAGGACAGUUUAAUGGCUAUGCAAAAUUUGCAGGAGAAAAAUCUGAUGAAAAGUGUCCAGAUAUCACAAAUGUUGGGCCAACCUUAGGAUCUCUUUACAAAAUUGAGUGGGUGAAGAAAUGGAAUGUGAGUUUCCAUCAAGCCAGGCGGCUAUACAAUCCUUACAAUGACAACAUGCAAGUUCAUAUGUGCAGAGAUGGUCAGGAGGUUGAAAGCUCUGUUGGAGAACAGUUAAUUCGACUUUGGGAUAAAGGCAGUGGCAGUGGUGGUAGUAAUGGUGGAAGUGGGUAUAAAGGCAACAAUGCAUAUAUGGUUGGAGGCAAUGGAGGUCCACCAAUGAUGCAUGACCCCCCAGGACCGCCACCUCCACGGCAUCCCUUGCAUCCCCCACCUCACCUCGGGCCAGUGCAUUCUCCAUUUCAUCAUCCAUUUGGCAGAAAUUAUGGAAAUGGGUAUGGGUAUGGUGGUGGUAAUAGUAGUGGUGGUGGAGGAGGAGGAAGUGGCGGUGGUGGUGGUGGUUAUCGAGGUGGCUAUAGAGGUGGAUAUAGAAGGUAGUGUGCAAUCUUGCUGGAGUAGUUAUUUUUGAGAAAAGUAUGUUUCAUCCAGGGUCAGAUUUGUAUUAAUGUAAAAAUUGAAAAAUGGUGUGCAGUAGUGGCAACUUAUCAGUUACAGUCUACAGAGCACAGCCAUUAUGAAAAGUUUUUUUUGAUUAGAUACACAAAAAAAGGAUUUUGUAUAUGAUUUAGAUACAUUUGAUCACUUUCAGCAUACAUUUUAUAUUAGAAGAUGAAAGAUGUACUGGAAAUGAAUCUGGAUUUUUGUCCUGUAUAUAUUGAUUUAGUUACUUUCCUGAAUGUAAUAUUGAAAAUAUUUUUUAAGAUGC